AUGCCCGGGCGCCUCCUCGUCGACGUCGUCACCAUCGUGGACGACGGUGACGAAUUUGACUGGCGGCUUUUCACGACGUUUGGGACGAUGUACAGCUGCCGGAAUGCUCUGCGACGUUUGCAAACUCGACGAUGGUAUUCGACCAAAGGCCCCGACCCAGUCAAGUUCGUUGAGCCCCAGUUAAACGAACUCCGGACCUCAUUGUUGUCGAUGCUGGGGUCAGGUCAUGCUGCGAUCAGUGAAAUAACAAAGUAUUAUUUCUUGCAUCCUUCAAAGCAUGUUCGUCCAGUCAUCGUGCUCUUGUUGUCACAGGCUACAAACGGACUAGGCUCAGACUGGAGCAAGAAGCUCUGGGAAGCUCAAAACCAGGGAGGCGGGGCUCGAGCAGAGGACUUGGACGCGCCUCUGACGCGACCAGACGUUCUCAAUGACUGGAAUCCCUCAAUGCCAGAUGGAACCUCAUCAUUUCGUCCCAAUUUCCCCAUCAAACCACCAAAACCCCAUAGACCACCAAUAUCAACACCCACGAAUUUUGCAUCCAAGCCACCAUCUCUACAUUUGCCACCUUACGUCCUACCCACACAAGUUCGGCUUGCACAAAUCGUUGAAAUGCUCCACACAGCUUCUCUUCUGCACGACGACGUGAUCGACGAAUCGGCAUUGAGACGGGGUGCUGCUUCAGCCCCUUCAGCCUUUGGUAACAAGCAGUCGGUGCUCGGUGGAAAUUUCGUCCUUGGCCGAGCAUCUGCUGCAUUGUCAAGGCUAGGGGACCCAGAAGUCACCCAGCUUAUCGCUGGCGUGCUUUCCAACCUUGUGGAAGGCGAAAUCCUGCAGCUGAAGGAGAUACAACUGGACGGCAGCCCGGAAACCGCGAGUCAGCGACGUCAAGAUGCCUGGAAUAUAUACCUGCACAAAACCUAUCUCAAGACAGCUAGUCUGAUGGCCAAGGGCGCGCGUUCAGCCGUCGUUCUCGGAGGGUGCAAGGAGGGAGAGAUUUGGAAGGAGAUUGCGUACGCAUACGGGAGGAACCUAGGGAUCGCGUUCCAGUUGGUGGAUGACGUACUCGACUACGAGUCUGCGUCUGCAACGCUAGGAAAGCCAGGAGGCGCUGAUUUGGAGUUGGGAUUGGCGACUGGACCAGCACUCUACGCUUGGGAGGAAUACCCCGAGAUCGGGGAGCUCAUUUGUCGCAAGUUUGAACAGCCCGGUGAUGUCGAACGGGCGCGCGAUUUGGUCCUUCGUUCUUCGGGUGUCGAGAGAACAAAAGCUCUCGCACAGGAAUAUGCGAGCAAGGCUCGAGAAGUCCUACAAGAGAUACCAGACAGCGACGCCAAGGCUGCACUGGAAAACUGCGUCCGCGAAAGGCUUCUCGUCGCCCAAGUUCCAUUGAUGAUCCGCUGCGUCCCUGGAGGUCAACUUGGAGGGCCCAGUUGUCAGAGGAAGGCCAAGCGCGCCCAAAUCUCAGUUUCAGACGCCUUGGAAGAGCAUCCAUCCCCGGCGCAAGUGGGCGCCACCUGA